AUGAAUAAGAAUGAAAUUUUGAAAAAGAGAAAUUCAAACUUCACUCAUACUGAAGUUGAUUUAUUACAAUCGCUUGUGACCAAGUAUUGGGACCAAUUAGAAAGUAAAAAGUCUGAUACUCAAACUUGGAAACAAAAAAAUGCAUGCUGGGAAAAGUUAACAGAUGAAUUUAACUCACAAAACUCUGUAAUGGAAAAUCUCUCGACUAAUGUUUUAAGGAAAAAAUGGGAAAAUUGCAAAAAAAAUGUUAAAUCAAAAGUAUGCAACGAAAAAAAAUAUGUCAAAGGUACUGGUGGAGGUCCACCUAUUCCAACAACAACUUUUUCUGUAUAUAUUUACUUUUUAUACAAUUUUUAUAAUUAUAAUAAUAAUUAUCUUUUAAAUUUAUUUUUAGAUUUAGAGGCUUCAUCAUGGAUUGAUACAGUACCAGAGAAAAGCAGUUCCCCAGAUGAUGACACUGUAUUGAAAUGGGAUGAUUAUUCGCCGGCACUUUUAAAAAUACCCGUUUCUAAGCCGUUAUUGAUUACUAUACCAUCUGAUAUUUAUUCC